GGCACCUCCUCAGCAUCUCCAUCGAUCAGCUGAUCGGGAAUCGAUCCCUGAUCGUUCGGUGACCGGGCGGGACUGACGCGCCGCCGCCGCCAUGGGGAACCGAGGCAUGGAGGAGCUCAUCCCGCUCGUCAACCGGCUGCAGGACGCCUUCUCCGCCAUCGGCCAGAACGCGAGCCUGGACCUGCCGCAGAUCGCGGUGGUGGGCGGACAGAGCGCAGGAAAGAGCUCGGUUCUGGAGAACUUCGUGGGCAAAGACUUCCUUCCUCGUGGUUCUGGAAUUGUGACUCGGCGUCCCCUAGUACUGCAACUUAUCACCUGUCCAACAGAGUAUGCAGAGUUCCUGCACUGUAAAGGAAAGAAGUUCACGGACUUCGAUGAAGUCCGCCAGGAGAUCGAAGCCGAGACGGAUCGCGUGACCGGACACAAUAAAGGAAUCAGUCCAGUUCCCAUCAACCUGAGGGUGUACUCCCCCAACGUGCUGAACCUCACCCUGGUGGACCUUCCAGGAAUGACGAAAGUCCCGGUGGGCGAUCAGCCCGCCGACAUCGAGCAGCAGAUCAAAGACAUGCUCUUGCAGUUUGUUACCAAAGAAAACUGCCUCCUGCUGGCUGUUUCGCCCGCCAACUCUGACCUCGCCAACUCCGAUGCUCUGAAGAUUGCCAAGGAGGUUGACCCACAAGGUUUGAGGACCAUUGGGGUGAUCACUAAACUGGAUCUGAUGGAUGAGGGAACUGAUGCCAGGGACAUCCUGGAGAACAAACUGUUGCCGCUCCGCAGAGGUUACAUCGGCGUGGUGAACCGCAGUCAGAAAGACAUUGAUGGAAAGAAAGACAUCAAUGCAGCUCUGCAGGCCGAGAGAAAGUUUUUCCUGUCCCAUCCUUCAUACCGCCACCUAGCUGACCGCAUGGGCACUGCCUACCUUCAGAAAAUCCUCAACCAGCAACUGACCAACCACAUCCGGGACACGCUGCCGGGCCUUCGAAGCAAACUCCAGAGCCAGCUGCUGUCCAUUGAGAAGGAGGUGGAGGAGUACAAGAACUUCAGACCGGACGACCCGAGCCGCAAGACCAAGGCUCUACUGCAGAUGGUGCAACAGUUUGCGGUGGACUUUGAGAAACGCAUUGAAGGCUCUGGAGACCAGGUGGACACGUACGAACUGUCAGGAGGAGCCAAGAUCAACCGCAUCUUCCAUGAACGCUUCCCCUUUGAAAUGGUCAAGCUGGAGAGUGACGAGAAGACUCUACGUAAAGAGAUCAGCUACGCCAUCAAAAACAUCCAUGGAAUCAGGACCGGCCUGUUCACACCUGACAUGGCGUUUGAGACCAUCGUGAAGCGGCAGAUUGCUCAGAUCAAAGAGCCGUGUCAGAAGUGUGUGGACAUGGUCAUCAGCGAGCUGGUCAACACUGUGAGGCAGUGCACACAGAAGCUGGCUCAGUAUCCGAUGCUCAGAGAGGAGAUGGAGAGAAUCGUCACUCAGCACAUCAGAGACAGAGAGAGCCGCACGAAAGACCAGGUGUUGCUUUUGAUUGACAUUGAGCUGGCCUAUGUGAACACCAACCACGAGGACUUUAUUGGCUUUGCAAAUGCACAGCAGAAGAGCAGUCAGAUGAGUAAGAAGAAGGCUGCAGGAAACCAGGACGAAAUCAUGGUGAUCCGCAAAGGCUGGCUAACCAUCAACAACAUUGGCAUUAUGAAGGGCGGAGCCAAAGAGUACUGGUUUGUCUUAACCGCAGAGACCCUCUCCUGGUACAAAGAUGAUGAGGAGAAGGAGAAGAAGUACAUGCUGCCUGUGGACAAUCUCAAACUGAAGGACAUCGAGAAGAGCUUCAUGUCCAGCAAACACAUCUUUGCACUGUUCAAUACUGAACACCGAAAUGUUUACAAGGACUACCGUCAGCUGGAGCUAGCCAGUGAGUCUCAGGAAGAGGUGGACAGCUGGAAGGCGUCUUUCCUGCGUGCUGGCGUGUACCCUGAACGCAGCGUGGACAAGGAAAAGCCGGAAGCAGAAGAGUCCAAUUCUGACGGGCAGAUCCACAGUCUGGAUCCUCAGCUGGAGCGGCAGGUGGAGAUUGUCAGGAAUCUGGUGGACUCGUACCUGUCCAUCAUCCACCGCACCGUCAGGGACCUGAUCCCCAAGACCAUCAUGCACCUGAUGGUCAACAACACUAAAGAGUUCAUCCAUGCAGACCUGCUGGCUCACCUUUACUCCUGUGGAGAUCAGAACACCCUGAUGGAGGAGUCCCAGGAGCAGGCUCAGCGCCGAGAUGAGAUGCUCCGAAUGUACCACGCUCUUCGAGAGGGCCUAAACAUCAUCGGUGAUAUCAGCACCACCACUAUCAGCACAGCAGCACCGCCGCCAGUGGACGACUCGUGGCUGCAGGUGACAGGAAUGCCGUGUGGACGCAGGUCUCCAAUGUCCAGCCCAACCCCCCAACGCCGCGCCCCACCAGGUCCCCCCCGACCCGGUGGACGUGCAGCCCCUGGCCCCCCAUCCCGCCCCGCUGUGUCACCGGAUCCGGGACCUCCUCCCAAUGUACCCUCAAGGCCCAAUAGAGCCCCCCCGCCGGGAGUGCCCAGAAUCUCUGUCAGUGACCAGUGAGGAGUUCACCAAUGGUACGUCAGUGAUGUCUCAGUCCCGUACCCGCCCCGUAUGAGUGGGUGUAUGCAGGUAGAGCUCCCCCUCACACCUUGUGGCCCCACCCACACCCGAGCAUCCUAGCUAGCUGUGUGACUGAGCUGUGACUGAUCGUCUCUGCUGUUGUCUGUUUCUGUUGUUUGUUGCCAGUUGACGACCUCUUGCAUCUCCAUAUCAAUUAAUCAGGCCAGCCUCUGACUCCGCCCCCUGAUGCUAGUUCAUAUACACAUGUCCAACCGCUGAGAGUCUCCUGCUGAAAUCCUGUCCUCCCCAUCUGAUACCAUAGCAAAGUUUUACAAUAAACAAGACAGAAAAUCAAAGUUGUUUCUUUAAAAAAAAGCCCAAGGAUAGUGAGAGUCACAGAAACUCCCACGCAGCGUUUUCAUCUGACAGACGACAGCUUCAGAGUGAGGGAGUGUGAUCCAUCAAUGACACCAUUAAAGCUCAAACUGCACUGGGGAGUGUCAGAACAGAGAACGCUGGCUUCAUGUUCGGCCAUUGAAAUUCACGGAUCUGUGGAGAUCAUCUCUGUUGGAACUCUCUGGGAUGAGGAUUCUCUGAAGUGUAUUAAUGUCUGUUCAUCCACCACUGCACAACUGCUACCAUGGUCUUAAGGAGGUGUAGUUUAUGAACAAGCAGUCAAAGAAAAAGGCACAGAUGAUACGAUGGACGUCUAAUUCCAAUCUGGUUUUCUGAAUCAGCUCCCUGUCACUGAUGCAGGAUCCUUGGGACUAACUGGUAUCAGUACUCUCUUCCUGGUUCCACUCAGACAUUUACUGCUCAGUAGAGGUCGAUGUUAUUCAAACUGGUUGGUAUUAGGUUUGAGUUGGGUUCUAACUGGAUCCCACAGACCUCUGUUUGAGUCGAGGAGCGCUACUCUCUUCAGAUUCAGAUGAUUUACUGUUUUCUUCUUUUUCUCUUGUCUUUCUCCAUCUCUGUGUUUGUUUCUCUGUCAUCUCUCCCCAGUCGUCCCAAUAAAGGUAGCCCCGCCCACGGAGAGAGCCCCCAGUCUUCGAUUGAGGGUUAAUAUGAGUGUGUGUGUGAGCUCUUGAUGCUACAGUGAACUUUACCAGUGAUGAUCAUUGUCAGCACAAUGUGACAAAACAAUCAGCAAACCUCUACUGCAAUACUGAGAGCGUACACCUGUGGUCCAGGUGAGGCUGCCCGUCUGUCUGCAGCCUGCCUCACCACACACAAACACCCGAUGCACCGCAGUUUGAUUCCCAGCUGCUCCUUGUCCUCCAGUGUAAAUUCAAGACAUUCUGGAACUUCUGUUCUGUGUAAAGUUUAGAAAUAUUUUCAAGUUGUCAAUUUAUUUAUUGAUUUAUUUAUGAUGUGCAGCUCCCAAGUGUGGCGUGUGUUCAGUAAGUGUGUGUUUGUCCUGUUGCACUUCAACUGCUCUGUUUUGACCAGUAGCUACUGCUUCUUGCUGCCAGAGGUGGAUGAAACUGGUCCAACAGAGAGGAAAUGGAUCCGCCUGUCUCGACCCUGGUGGCUCCAGAGUUCUGUCUUUCUUUCUUUAAAAGGUGCUCACUUGUUCCAACUGGUUCUGAAAAAUGUAGUAGUGCACAAAAUGUGUGGUAUUCCAUGUUUGUUCAACUCUUCAGGUGUAAAUACCCGACUUCCUGAGUGCGUGUUCGUUUAGAAGUGUUGUUAGCUGCUGAUGAAGAUGUCUGCACUGCAGGAAACCCGUUCUUCACCUGCAGCUCUGGAGUGUUCGUGUUUCAGCUGCUUUUCUUAAAGAUAAACGGCUGAACUUUUCCUCCCAACACUGUGUUUGCUCUCUGUGUGGUGACUGUAGCGUUCAGCUGCGUAUUGGUAGAGGUGACGUGUUUCCGUGUUUCCAUUAGUGCCAGCAUGCUCAGUAAAGUGAUUUUCAAAGUGUUGUGAACUGCAGGUUGUUAAACAUUGCGAUGCUGCACGGCACUCUGCAGCCCUCUAACACACUCUCAUCCUGUAUCAGUAUAAAUCUAUGUGGAUAGAAUAUAUUAAACUAUAGUAAUGCACCAUGUAUGUGUUAAAAACAUGUAUUACACUAAGAUAUGCAGUCAGUGGCCAGCAAUAGUGUGUGUGUGUGCGUGUGUGUGCAUGUGUGUGUAGUUUGUUGUGUAUCUUGGUGUCAUGUGAUUGACACCAACAGAAACGUAUGUUAAAACAAAUAAAGUUGUGUGAAUAAAGAUGA